AUGGAAUUUUUGAAAAGACUUAUCGGUCGAGGAGCUACAGCUCAAGACACUUGCCUGUCUUCUGGUCAGCCAGCAAGUUCCAAUCUUCCAAAUCGCCUUUCCACGUGCGUUAUGGAGCUCGCCAGGAUACUCGAUGAUGAGAGGGUAGCCCACGUCAGAGGGACACCCGCCUCUGGAAAGACCACGCUUGCCUAUCUUCUCCACGAGCAUUAUCGUCAGCAAAACAUACCAUCAGUCAUAAUUUCAGAUUGGCCACAGGGGAAUGAUCAUGUGCACACUGAUGUCCUCAUUCGCCGUGCACAGGAUGCGGGUUACACUUUUGUCACUGCAGAUACUCUCAGAAAUGCAGACAUUGUCUACAUCAUCGACGAAGGGCAGAUGUCAUAUCAUGAUUCCGGUCUUUGGUUGGGAUUCAUCAAGUCUCAGAAUAACCGCCGAUUCGGACCGAGAGUUUGUGUGUUCACUUCGUAUGGCAGUCCUACUGGGGGUCCUAACGACUACAGCGCUGGUAGCCCACUUGCAUAUCUUGGUGUUCAGCAGCGAGUAUCCAUCACCGUAUCAAAGAUCAAAGAUUCACCACCGAUAAGCCUUUUCUAUAACCGCAACGAAUUCGACGACGUUCUACAACGGAUAUGUACUGAUAGUCGGCGUCCUCUACCGCUGCACCCUGACGCAGCUGACUACAUUUUCAGCCUGACUAACGGACAUCCGGGGGCUGUGGACAGUGUCCUUGGCAUGAUACAGAAGGUUUAUCGGUCAGAAAUUAAACAUGGGGAGAUUCAGGUGGUUGAAAAGGAUCAUAUUAUUGCAACCCUAAAUGACGAAGAUGAGUCCUUCAGAUAUCUUGCUCAGACGGGGAUCCAACGGUCUUUUGUAAGCCGACGAAAACUUACCCCUCAAGCAGCAGGUGUUCUCCGAGAAGUUCUUAUGAAUGGCAGCAUCCAUCGAGACCUGGAUAAUGAAGGGAUCAUAACCUGUUAUGAGAAUGGGUGGCUUCACUCUGAACCGUUGGAUUUCGACGCUAUUAAUAUUGUCUGUGUCUUUCCAACGAGACUGCAUGCAAAAUACGUGGAGCAUUAUCUUACUGAUUCAUCUGUUCCCUUUCCCAUGAAUCAAUACCCCACUGUCGAGGCUUUAGCUGAAGCGGUAUUGAGGAAGUUUUCGUUGAGAAACCUUUCUUCCACAACACGGGUUGGUACUGGAGCCGUUAUACGGCCUGUUGAAGCUGCCUAUCAAGACGAAUUUUGUCGUGCAUUACAUGCAGUUCUCGGGUUCUCAACAAAAGUGUCCAGUGAAUGGUCAGGAGAUGGGAAUGGCAGAAUCGACUUCAGACUUGCAGACGUUGGAUGGGGCAUAGAAUUGUUGCGCGAGGGUAACAGAUUGGGAGCGCACUGUCAGAGAUUUGUGGGCAAUGGAAGUUAUAUGCAGUGGAUCCGGAGUGGCUGGCUCCGGGAUUGGCUUAUCAUCGACUGUCGUACUUCGCCUCCUCACCCUUAUAAUGUCCCUGGUACCAAGCUUUGGAGAGCUGUGUUCGCGAAUGAUUUUUCUUCGGUUGAGGUCUUAGACUCCUCUAACAGAUUACUUGUUCCCCGGUUUCCGUUGAUGUCCUAG